UGAAACGCAAAACCAUCUGCAGCUAUUUUACAGGACGAAUACCUUACAUUAUAUGAUUCUGGUAGAAUUGACAUGCGCAUCUACGGCGGUAGCGUCAUUACUUACGGACUACAAGAAAGAAAAGUUAACUUUCAGAGCCUGGUUACCAUUUGAUUAUUAUUCCUCGGCAACGAUUUUUCAUUUUACUUAUUUUCAUCAAUUAAUAAGUUUGACAGUUGGAUCUGUCUUACAUGUUGCUUGUGAUGGUCUUAUUUGCGGACUACUAUUGCAUAUAUGCUGUCAAAUAGAAAUAUUAAGUUAUCGUUUGAACAAAAUCGCACAUAAUCCGAGAAUGCUUCGUGAUUGCGUCAUUCAGCACAAUCAUAUAAUUAAAUGUGCCUUCUUAUUGAAUAAAAAAUUUAGGUUUACUAUCAGCUUUCAGUUCCUUGUAAGUACAUUGGUAGUAUGUUUCACUUUAUAUCAAUUGACGAAAACGAGUGGGAAAUUCGUCGAAUUAGGAAUGUAUAUGUCGUGCAUGCUGACACAAAUUUUUUUGUAUUGUUGGUAUGGGAAUGAAGUUAAACUGAAGAGUCUACAACUAAUCAAUAAUCUAUAUCAAAUAGAGUGGUUUACGCUAGAACAAAACAUACAAAAGGAUUUAUUAACAAUUAUAAUAUGUAGUAAAGUGCCUAUUGAAUUUAGCAGUGCUUAUGUUAUACCUAUGAAUCUGGAUUCAUUCGUGGGUUUGCUCAAGACAUCAUAUUCGACUUACAAUAUACUUCAACAAAUGCAAGAUCCAAAUAAUAAAGACAAAUAA